AUGGCUUGGACGCAGUCGGCUUUGUUAAUUAACAACUCCUUAACACUCCCACACAACCAAAUAUUCCGCACCGAACGUGCUGAAGUGGGGGCAGAAGUCCCCGUCGUCCAUAAGCGUGGAAGGAUAUGUAGGUUUCUCAUUUAUAAUUAUCCGCAACAAGCUGACUGUAUUAGAGGAAGACGUUUUCAGCACCCCGCUGGUCGAAGCGGAAUGAAAAAGGCAACAGAUCACUCACUCUCUAAACCAGUUCCUAGGGCUCAUCGGCGACGUGGGAAGCGUAUUACAGGAAGAAUUAUAACCCUACCAAGAGGAGAUUCUCAGCAUGCUUCUACUACUUUCUCUUCACCACCGUCGCUAUCGAACGAUGAGCCGCCUCCGCCGUAUCACUCGUGA